UAGAAUGAACACACGACCGGCACUUCACACGGUGAAAGACAACCUUGGCAUUCAUCAGCAGAUAACAUGCAUCAGCAGAUAACCCUUACUCUUCAGAUUAUUUAAUAAUUAUGAGAACGAAUACCGACGGUUUUAGCCUUGAAACACUCUCCCAUGUGACUUAUGUUAGUAAAUGGAAGAUGUUCUUCCCAGUGACCUUCAUCAUGUCCAUCCUGUGGAUCGCAGUAUUCUCCUACCUCAUGGUUUGGUGGACUGAGACACUCGGCCGAACUCUUGGCUUGGGAGAGAAACCAGAGGUUUAUACAACCUCCGGAAGUACAGAGAACAGAGCAUGUGGAAUCUCGAUAGCCUCUUAAGAGGACGUAAAAGCAACUCUGAUCUUGGAGGCGGGAAUUAUCAAAGAUUUCAACAAUUCCAGGUCACGAUUUUAAAACAAUGUCGAAGGUAAUGGAUAGCAGCGUCUAGAAAUGCCCACUGUACAACUGAGAAGUGCUCCUUCGUUGCCCUCCUUCUCCAGACACUACAUGUCAAUAGACAAUACUCCGAACAAAAAGUUUUAAUAUAAGUAACUGCUAAGGAGGGAUUGUCGUUGAGAAAGGCAUUUAAAAGACCAAUCCAGAGCUUCAUUUCACAGCAGACCAUCAAGUUUUACAACAGAUAGAAACAGAAUCCUUAGCAAACUGUGCCCAGCCCAAAACCUACCAAAUCAGACUGAUAAAAGCUGCUCAUAUCUGCUACAGCAUCAAUUAAAAAUCAAUGUUAUAGCUGAAUAUAGCGACGACUCCGAACUAAUCGAUGAAGAUGCGAUGCUGGUCGCUUCUUGUAUUAAAAAUAAUCUGAGACAAACAAUGUAAUUACUAUAAUAUUGUAGCAUAAUGACGCUUUGCGUUUAGCUGCUUUCCAAUUUCUAAUUAUGCAUUUCAUCCUAUAGUACAACUUGUAAUAUGAUUAACUAAUCAAUAUUAACCUAACACUAGAGAAGCUUUUUGAUGAAAAUAGUAAACAACUUAUUUCAGUUCAAACUAAAUUAAAGGUCAGACCGGGAUUCGAACC